AUGGUCUACAACCCUGACUUGUACCGCGACAAAGAGCGUUUUCUUGGCAUUCUCAUCGCCGAUCUUACGUCCGCGCAACUUGAUGCAGUUCAGGUGUUGUUUGGCACAGGUGCCAACAUGUGCUCCCCAAACCCUUCAGGACAGCUGUUCAUCCAAGACAAACGCGACUUGCCAGACGUCUCCCAUGCAAACUUGAGGAGAGUCUUCGCCGAAGCAGAGGCCUUACUUGUUAUCGACGCUCAAACGCCCAUUGACGGCGGUAUCUGGUAUCUUGACAGUUUUGCUGAGCGUUUCGACGUCGAUGAGGGAAUUGCCGAGAACCUCGAUACUCUUUAUAAGAUUCGCAUGGACAUCCGCGACGUUGUCAUCCAGCAUGCGAACUACAGUAUCGCCAACACCGAUAUUCGAAACGAUUUAGACACUGUCGAUGUGCCUUAUCCCACUCCGGAGGACUUUGUUCAAGACAAAAUAUUCUGCACGGGCUUCAAUCACAUCAAAGAGCGCUACAUGAACCCAACCUGGGUUACAGCUACACCGGACGAGCUGGAAGAGAGUAUAGACGGCAGAGACUUGGAUAACUUCAUGCCGCGACCGGAGACCGUAUACCGAAUCAAAGAAGAUGUCGCGAGAGAGGCGGGGUUGAGGAGAAGUAAGGUUGUACAAUCCACAUACGACCCUGAUAUAGUGGUACCAGUGUACAAAAGACCAGAAGGAAGUUUGUAG